AUGGUCCAAAACCAACUUACACACUUAGUUGUUGAUGGGUAUUGUUGGAAAUUGCUUGCAAUUAGGGUUGGUGGUGGUGAUGAUCUAGUGGAGAACCAAUGCCAUUGGAGAAGGCUCUGUGGUCCUGUUGAUUGGUUUUUCAAGUUCCCGAUUCUCAGUAGAAGAGAAGUCUACUUCAUGUCGUGGGCUGGCGCAGAAGACACUUUCCUUUCCACUUCUCUUGCAAGCUAUCUUGACAAAAAGCUUCUUGUCUUAUUGCGAGAUGGCCGAAAGCUCUUGGGAUUACUACGGUCUUUUGAUCAGUUUGCUAAUGUUGUUCUUGAAGGUGCAUGUGAACGAGUUAUUGUCGGUGAUCUUUACUGUGACAUCCCAUUGGGUCUGUAUGUAAUCCGUGGGGAGAAUGUCGUCUUAAUUGGAGAGCUGGAAUUGGGUAAGGAGGAGCUUCCUCCACAUAUGACUCUAGUACCAGAAGCAGAGAUAAAAAGGGCUCAGAAAGCAGAGAGGGAUGCUACAGAUUUAAAAGGCUCCAUGAGAAAAAGAAUGGAGUUCCUCGAUUUUGAUUAA